CACUGGUAGCUGUCACUCCCCUGGGUGGGACAUCGCUACUCUUUCUCUAUGACAUAUUAGUGGAGAUCUUAGAGCCAGUAGGGCUUACCGUUAGAGGUAGGAACGCACAGAAACUCUGAGCACGAGUGUGAAUGAAGAUUUUUGUGAUACCAAAGGAGCCAGGCGGAAUAGCAUUCCUGCAGCUGCAUCCAUGGACACUGUAAAGACUGAGGGAUCUCAGCCCGUCUACAGUCGCUGGUCAUACAGACCCUCCAGCUCUGCCAGCUUCUCCUCGAACUCAACAGCCAGUGGCAUUGAAGAUGACAGCGCCAGCCUUAUGCAACAGAAGCUGGAAAAACAGAGGGCACUGCUGGAGCAGAAGCAACGAAGGAGGCGUCAGGAACCCCUCAUGGUCCAACCCAACACAGAGGCUCGGCCUCGCCGCUCCAGGACACGGCGAGGUGAGGAGCAGGCCCCGCUGGUGGAGUCUCAACUCAGCGUCACCAACGAUGUCAUCAUGGAUGGUAUCGAUGGCCCAGCAGCUUUCCUGGUCUCAGAAGCUCCCGAUCUGGGAACCAAAAUCCAAAUCCUGUCAAUGAGCCAGUCCCAGUCUCAGUCCCCCAAGUCUCAGUUCAAACCACAGUCUCAGCCCCAGAGUCCCGUAGCUGAAGAACCAGAGAGAGACGGAGACACCGAGACGCUGCUGGAGCCCAAGACUGAUAUCCAUGAACUGCUGCAGAAGCAAGGCCUGUGUGGAAGUAUGAACUUUGAUGAAACUGGUGACCACGAGGAAGAUGUGGACGAAGAACGGACACGUUCUCUGUCUCCUGACACCAACAGGCCUUCCUCGGCCGCGAGUGGAAAGGACAUUCCAGAGGUGGUGACCCCUGGAUCACCCACAGCAGGCAGCUUCCUAGUAGAUGUGGCAAACCUAGAAGAGUUUGUCUUGCGUCCAGCACCACGCGGCACCACAGUUAAAUGUCGAAUCAGCCGCGACAAGAAGGGCAUGGACCGCGGCCUCUACCCAACCUACUUCAUGCACAUGGAGAGAGAAGACGGCAAGAAGGUGUUUUUGCUGGCAGGAAGAAAGAGAAAGAAGAGUAAAACAUCCAACUACCUUAUUUCAGUGGAUGCCACUGAUAUGUCACGAGAGGGAGAGAGCUUCAUCGGUAAACUGAGGUCCAACCUCAUGGGCACCAAAUUCACAGUGUACGACAAUGGCACCAAUCCCUGCAAAAACCCCGGGGCUCUGCUGGAAGAAAGCAACACACGACAGGAGCUGGCUGCCAUCUGCUAUGAAACCAACGUGCUCGGAUUUAAAGGACCCCGAAAAAUGACUGUAAUCAUCCCCGGCAUGAGCAUGAACUUUGAGAGAGUCCCUGUGAGGCCUCAGAACGAGCAGGAGAGUCUCCUGAGCAGGUGGCAGAAUCAUUCUCUGGAUCACCUGAUUGAGCUGCACAACAAGGCUCCUGUGUGGAACGACGACACUCAGUCUUACGUGCUAAAUUUCCACGGACGUGUAACUCAGGCUUCAGUCAAAAACUUUCAGAUCGUUCACGACAAUGACCCUGACUACAUCGUCAUGCAGUUUGGCCGAGUGGCUGAAGACAGCUUCACCCUGGACUACAACUACCCCAUGUGUGCUCUCCAAGCCUUCGCCAUCGGCCUGUCGAGCUUCGACAGCAAGUUGGCCUGUGAAUAGCCACCCAGGUACAUCAUCUUUUGGUUCCUGCGUGGCAGCUCAGUUUUUCUUGUUCCCCUCGAGCCAGGGGGUUUACAGGGGUUGUUUCAAUAUCAGUUUACCCAACUUUGUACAGUAUAUGUACACAAGUGUACAGACUGAAAAAAGGGAAAUGCAAAACCCACGAUCCAUCUGUGCUGGAGACAGGUGCUCUUAUAAGACACCAAGUGCAAAAAGAACUGGCAUUCUGUGAAGAUAUGUGUAAUGAUCACAUAUUUUCUGUUGCUUCUGUUGCCUUUGAAUUUAAUUUCACUCAGUGUUUUUUGGUCACGCUAGCAGUGUAGCUCUGAGACGUCAAAGCAUGAAUCAUUUUGGAUUAACACGGCUUUUCCUGUGGCACCACCUGCAGGGCAAACUCUAGAAUUUUUAAGGAAUGAAGAACAGAAAAGAGCUCAGUUUUUCUUUUCUUUUUUAACCCAUGCAACAGUUUGUUCUGUUAAGUCUCAGCGCUAGUGUGGCUACUAUUUUUAUUUUUAACCGGUUUACAUCUUAAAACGUCUACUAAUUUUGACAUCGUUUUUCACCAUUUGUCAUCAUGUUUCUUUGUUUCUGUCUUUUGUGUUUUUCUUGUGAAUAGGUGUAAUUUUUACCAUGUGACUGUGACUUUGCUUCGUCUUAGCAAGUUCAAUUCUCACCACAAAGAAGACAGAAAAGCAGAAUUGCACAUUUUAAGAGAAAGGAUAAACCAACUGUAAAUAGAAUACAAGAUAAUGCCUUAAGAUAAUUUGACCUACAUCAAAUAUAAAAUGUAAUUUCAAGACGUGGGAUUUUAAGAUAAAGGAAGUUUAGCAUUAAUAUUCUACAGAGAGCUUGUAUUUUCUUGGAUUCAAAAAUCGUCCAGGACUUUUCUGUUUUUUGUGAAAAGAAGUUUGAAAGUCCACCUACAAGGAGUAUUGAAAAUGCGACGAAGUGAGAUGAAGUUAGAGCCAAUUUUGUACAACUCAUGUUUUAGUCGUAUUCCACCCUUUUUAAUAGUUUUAUUUAUAAGGGAAACACUAAGUACAUCAAUAAGGGAUUCCUUUAUGUAUUUUUCUCAUUCUCCUUUACACACAAACUACAAAUCCUCGGUUAGUUUGAAGAUGUUAUUCAUACUGUCACGAUCCAAGCUCUAGGGGUUGGCUGGAUGCAACAAAAAACCAGAUGUUAUUGGUUCAGGUGAAGGGAUUUAUUGCUCAGUGGAAAAUGGAACACAAAAGUGACGAUAUGGAACACAAGACUGGUGAGUGUUGCUAAAUCAAAGAACAGAAUAAAACCGAACGGAGGCUAACAGAGUUUCCCAAACUUAUCUAAACCCAAAACAAAGCAACUAAACUCCCUAGCCAAACUUAAAUACAUCAGCAACACCCACCACCACUAACAAAAACUAAUACACAGAGUGCAAAAACGAACUAAACAAAACUGGUGCCUCACACUCACAGACAUUUGACCACACAGGGGAGAACAGGGCUGCAGUGCAGGUCGUCAAUUCCAGAGUCGAUGGCUGGAACGGCUGGCAGCUGGGGUUCCUGGAGACUCUGAAAUUACUCCGAAAACAGCCACAGCUGAAGCCCCACAUGCAGUUUACCCGCACACAAAGGCCUAACAGGACAGCACCCAAGAAACCAGACGGCACACCAAUGCUGGUGGCCGUAACGCAUACAAAAAAAUAAAUAAAUCAAAAGAAGUUUAGUAAAUCCCACUUGUCAUUUUGUACUCUAAAAUGUAAAAGACAAACGUGCAAUUAAGUUUUAAAGAAAGGGAUCUAUAGAGAAUAUUUUGAACUAUACUGUAUAUGCUUUUACUGAGAGAGCUUUGGGUGAAACACAUUCCAGGAACAUAAAAUCAGGUAAACAGCAGCAUUUCAAAAUACAAAAAAUGACAAAAUAUUACAAACCGUCUGUUUUAUUUUUCUGAGAGAUGAACAUAUUCAGUGAACAGAUAAUUUUAAUAAACACGACAGUCAAUCUGAUUGUGAAAAAACAAAAACAAAUGUAACUAUUUCCAGUGAUGUAAAACCUUUAAAUAACCGAAAUAAAAGAGAUUUUAAAACACAAAGUGCAUUAUCUUUUCGGAAUACAAUCAUUUUAUCUUGUCAAAUAAAAUGUCACUGCAUAAAAUCUUUAAAUUUUGUCCAAGCAAACUAAGAAUUUUCUGCAAGUGCAAGUCACAAUACUUGAUAACAUUUUGUGUCUUAUUACACCAGAACAUUGUGAACACUGUUUCUGUCUGAAGAAUUAACUGCGAGCUCCACUGUUGACGGUGCACUUUGAGCUUCUUGCACCUCUUUCCAAUGUGGUUUUAUCCUGCAAAUAAUGGCAAAUAAACUGAACUGAUCUGAACUGAA